CAUCGUAAGGCUCGAAGAGCCUCAUCUUACCUCAAUUUAGCCCGUUCCGACCAAGAAUAUUUCUUCGACUUGCCUGAUCGACCAUUCCUCGCUCGCCGGCAUCGAUUGAAUUGAUUUUUCCCGCAAACAUAGGAGUCACGACCGACCGACCCACGGCGCAGAGGUUGAAUAUUCUCUCCGUGGGCUACAAAGAAAGAUGGUGGACGGAGAAGGCACGCCCACGUGGAAAUUCACGCAAUGCUUCGGAGAUAAAGGAGAUGUGGAAGACAUUACUGAAGCGGAUAUUAUCUCUACAGUCGAAUUCGAUCACACCGGCAAUUAUCUAGCAACCGGAGACAAAGGUGGAAGGGUGGUUCUGUUUGAGAGAAAUGAAACUAAAAAAACCUGUGAAUACAAAUUUCAUACCGAAUUUCAAUCACACGAACCCGAGUUUGACUAUCUGAAGUCGCUCGAGAUUGAAGAAAAAAUCAACAAAAUUAAAUGGUGUCGGCGACAAAAUGCCUCGCAUUUCCUCCUCUCGACCAACGAUAAGACCAUAAAGCUAUGGAAGGUCUUUGAGAAAUCUCUUAAGGUUGUGGCCGAGAACAACCUUUCACAGGACCUGACACCUGGUGGCGUCGGCGGUGGUGGUGCCCUCCGACCUCAUCCUAAUGUCCAUUUCCCAUCUGCAUCGUCAUUGAAGCUUCCCCGACUAACGCAUCAUGACACUGUUGUCGCCGCCGUCCCUCGGCGAACGUACGCCAAUGCACAUGCCUACCACAUCAACAGCAUAUCCGUCAACAGUGACGGCGAAACGUUUAUCAGUAGUGACGACCUCCGGAUCAAUCUCUGGAACCUCAAUAUCCAAGAUCAGAGCUUCAAUAUUGUCGACAUCAAGCCCGCUAACAUGGAGGAACUCACCGAGGUCAUUACGGCUGCCGAGUUCCACCCGCUGAGCUGCAACUGGUUCAUGUAUGCCAGCUCCAAGGGAACCAUAAAGCUUGCCGACAUGCGGGAGAGCGCUCUCUGCGAUAACCACGCCAAGAUGUUUGAGCAAGAGGAAGAUCCCUCAAAUCGAUCAUUCUUCUCGGAAAUCAUUUCCUCCAUUUCUGAUGUUCGAUUCUCGCACGAUGGUCGCUACAUUCUCUCCCGUGACUACUUGACUGUCAAGAUCUGGGACAUCAACAUGGAACGGCAACCCGUCAAGACGAUCCCCAUUCACGAGCACCUCCGGCCCCGGUUAUGCGAUACGUAUGAGAAUGAUAGUAUUUUUGACAAGUUCGAGGUUGUCUUCUCUGGCGACGCUAAGAAUGUCAUGACCGGUAGCUACAAUAAUAAUUUCAUGAUUUAUCCUACAGACCCGGAGAAGGAGUUGGAGGUGGUCCUGCAGGCAGACAAAUCCGCCUUCAAAGCCAAGAAGGUGGGCGUGCCGACGCCGAUCAACUCAAGCUCGAGCCCGACAAACAGCAAAAAGGGGGGUUCCCGUGCUGGCAGCCCGGCUGCUGGUGCCGGCGGCCAGGGUGGUCGGAUGCGGAAAGAGACGGACGCGGAUCAGAUCGACUUCAACAAGAAGAUUUUACACAUGAGCUGGCACCCGUACGAGGACAGCAUCGCCAUUGCGGCGACGAACAAUCUAUUUGUCUUUUCGGCACUGUAGAUGGCGGCUCGCCCGAGGCAUCAUGCCGGUCAUGUGGGACGGCGUUGCGCGUUGUCAUUUGGUCUCUUAAUUGCAUUACUGUUAUGCCACUUUUCCUUCUGAUCAUUCACCUGAGCAUACACACAACGUCCGAUA